UCCUUCUCAGAUUGAAUGAAAGCCUGCACUGUGACACACUGUAGAAGAUUUCUGUAAGACUAGAGAUGUAAAAGCAGUAGUUGUAAAAUGCUCUGGAGCAAAAGGAUUUAGCCUAUAGAGAGAGAUUUCGGCAUUUUUAUGGAAAGUUUUAAUAAUGGGGCCUUGUUCUUCAGCUAUGUAAGAAUAUCUUGAGGUGUCUGAGUUCCACCAGUGGAUAAAACUUGAAAAAAAAUUCAAAAAUCUUGUACUUAAAGACUUAACAGGUAGUUUUUAUCAGCUGUGGACAUUAUGAAAAAGUUAUUUCGUAAACAAGAAGCAGUAAUUUUGAUCAUUAUGGGAACAUUGGCCAUUCUCAUUGUAGUGAAUGACAAAAAUAACAAUAGCAUGACUUCAGGAACACAGCAGGACCCGGACAAAAAUCUACCUUUGAAGCAAACACACAGACCACUGCAUAUGUGGUGGAAAAGAAACAGUUGCAGUCUCAAUGCAAUGAAUAACAAUCUUCCAGGUUUCUCUGAUCUUCCAGACCACAUAAAGGACUUUCUCAGGUAUAGGCACUGCAAGCAUUUUCAGAUCCUUCAAGAUAUUCCCAAUAAGUGCGUUAGUCCUGAACAGUCAAAGGAGAUUUUCCUCCUCCUUGUCAUCAAGUCAUCGCCUGAAAACUAUGAACGACGAGAGGUUAUCCGUAAGACUUGGGGGCAAGAGAGGACAUAUGAAGGAGUGCAGGUACAUCGGCUAUUCAUAUCAGGGGUGAAUUCCAAUAGGAUGAGUGCUAAGAAAUCCAACCAGAUAAUUCAACUUGAAAAUCAGCAGUAUCAGGACAUCCUCCAGUGGGAUUUCCACGAUACUUUCUUCAACUUGUCAUUAAAGCAGGUUCUGUUUUUUAAGUGGAAGGAAAAGAACUGUCCAGGAGUGAAAUUCCUCCUUAAUGGGGAUGAUGAUGUGUUUGUUAACACUGAAAAUGUAGUGCAUUAUCUGAAAGGAUUCAGGAGUGACAGACAUCUGUUUGUUGGGACUCUCAUCAUGAAUGUAGGACCAAUCCGUGCAAAGUGGAGCAAGUAUUAUGUGCCAGAGCAGGUGACCACAUUAAACUCUUAUCCACCCUAUUGUGGGGGUGGAGGUUUCCUGAUGUCAGACUUCACUGCAAAAGCAAUAUAUAAUGCAUCAUUAAACCUUAUGUUGUUUCCAAUUGAUGAUGUUUACAUUGGGAUGUGUCUACAAAAAGCUGGACUUUUCCCCUCUUCACAUAUGGGCAUCCGGACUGCAGGGGUACAUGCGCCCUCUGAAAACACUGAUACAUUUGAUCCUUGCUUUUACCAAGAGCUCCUACUUGUGCAUCGUUUUGCCCCCUAUGAGAUGGUGCUGAUGUGGCAGGCUAUCCAUGAUGCAACCCUCAAAUGUGGGGCUUCAGCACCAAAGUAGACCUCUAGCAAUAGCACUACUGAUCUGUUUUAAUAAUUUUCUUCUUUUUCCUAUAAAAACUUUGCAUUGAAAGAACCAUGGUUUUCCUCCUUAUAAAUGUAAACAGAUUGUUGAAGAAAUUACCAGUUUUGAGUACCUCACAGUCUCUGAAUAUGAUGCAGUAACUCUUGUGGCCUCGCUGAAUAGUAAGCUGAUGUCUGGAAUCGUAGUCUUAGUAACAAAGGCUAAAGUUGACACACUGACAUGCCAUUUUUUUAACAAACAAUACAUGUGCUAAAAAACUGUCCAAUAAAGCCAUACAUUACACUACUAUAUUAAGAUGUUAAGAUAUAGAAACAAUAAUCUUAGCUAGUACUGAAGAACAAACUUGUAUAUAAAAUAUGGAUUUGGAGAUCUCUGUGCUUUGUUUUUGAUAAAUAUUUAACUGAUUUAAAGACUUGGGGAAUUUUAAGUGAAAUGUCCUUUCCUAUCACAGGUGUGAAUUAAUAGUAGCCUAACUAAAGACAGUCCAUGUCUAUAUGGUGGGCUAUCAAACAGCCAUCUAUGGAAUAAAGGGAAGACUCUAGCUGCUUAAAGCUUCCAUGUUUUAUUUUUUUUAAUAACGUAAGAAGCUAAACUCAAUUUUUUACCUCUGGUGUUGGCACAGAGCACAGACACUCAUUCAAAAGUUAGUAAGUGUUAAUUCCAUUAUAAUGACACAAUGCAUACCUUAGAUAUAUAGCAGUGUGUUGAGAUAAGAAGCUGGAUCUAUAUUCUAAAAUUAAAUGAGCUAACAAGCUUUUCACAUUUAUGAUUAAUUCCAUGAAGUUUUGUAUAUUUCUAGCAUUUUCUUUCAAGCAGUGUUUUUAAGUGAUUCACAUAUCCUGAAAAAAUGCUUAAUGUUGUGUAGGAAGGUACAUGUGGUGUGUGUGUGUGCGUGCGUGCGCACGUGCAUUUGCUUGUGUACAUCUAUGCAUAGGGUUUACAUGGUUAAGAUCUGACAUGUCCAGCUGCAAACCAUGUUGUAUAAAGUGCACCUGAUGACAACUAAUUAAAAUAAUUUAGAUCUUUCUUAUUUAUUCAGAUGUCUCCAGAACAAGGUACUUAAAUAUGACCAGGCAAUUUAAAUAAGUUCUAUAAAAGUCAUAUAACAUGCAAAGAGCUACUCGGUUAAGAACUUGAAUUAAAGUUCUUUUCAGCUUAAGUGUAAUUUUAUCAGUGACUAAAAUGUGAACAUCUCUUAAUAUAUUAAAAAUUCAUUUGUGUAAGAAAUCACACAAAAAGAUUAAAUAAACCUAAAGAAUGAAAGAACUGACAGGUACUAAUGAUUCACAUUAUUUAAGGUCUUUAAACAUUAAAUGCUUGGUGAAAUUAUCUGCUUACUCAAACCUGUUGGUGGUGAUCUGCUUUCAGUGGUAACUGCCAAUCAAGUCCUGCUACCUCUAGCCAGCUAUUGUAAUUUCCCUCACCGUGGCAUCCAUCUGCACAUGUUCCACUGCAGAAAAAUCAAAUAAUCUCAGAUGAGCAAAAACUUUACUGGGCUUGGAUAGGGCAUUGCUGCUACUUUUGUUCCUGAUAGUAUAUAGGUGCCUCUGUAUGUGUAUAUAUUGUUUUUUUAGACAGCUUCUAGUUGUUUUCCCAAAAUAAAAUGUCACAAGUUGUGCACCAAGCUACACUUAAUUUUAGAAGACUUUUCUAUGUCUAAUGAGUCUUUAUACUCCAUAAACAUCAUUUAGAUGGAGCAGGUUCAAGAAAAGGCCCUGUGCAGAGCUCUCUUAAACACAAACUUUAGUGUUAGACCUACAACCUUAAAAAGCUUUUGAGUUGCCCAACAUGAUUCCAGUUUUCACUCCUUGCUUUCUUGAUUGUCUUUUCAGCCACUGAGUAAGUCAACACAAAUGCAGAGCUAGCACUGAAACCGAUAGUAUUAUUACUCUCCUCAGGUUGAGUGUUAUUUUUGUAAGCCUGCCAUGUGGUUAAAUAGGUAGAAAUCCAGAGUUCUCUCUUGUCUUAAUUGUGCUGCUCUUUCCAGCAGUGUUUUGUUAUAAUCUCUCUCAAUGAACGUAACAUCCAGUCUCUCCACUUCUGAAAACCAAACCUCAUCUACAGAGAUGUGUCAGAAAGAGCCUCUUCCCUUGGUUGGUAUUGCUACCAGAAUACGUACAGCCACAGAGUGUCUGGAAGCAAGGCCAUUCUGUGCAUCCCUCUGGCUACAGUAACAGAAUGUGGUGUGUUUGGUGGUGACAUAUUAACUCCCAAGUUAGAUUUGCAUUUUCCACAGUGAGUAGCUAUACUACAAACCAUGUGUAAGGAACAACCUCAUUUUUUACUCAUUGGGUCCAUUGGGAAUAGGGUUGCCUGAGAGGUUGUUUAUAUACCUUUCCUGCGGUGCUGCUACACCUUGAGGUACCACAUCAAGGAACAGUGGAGUAGAAGUGGGUAAGUGGUAGUGGCACAGUUCUGGUACUCUGUUUCUGCCAGUACUUCAAGUGUGGGGGCAGUAUUUGAAAUAUUUACUCCUGUCCCCAUAUUCAGAGGAUCAAAAUGAAUGAAAUUUACUUUAAAUAAGUAAUAGUUAAGUGUUGUGCUGCUGUCACUUCCAGCAUAAGUAUUCCUAUAGCCACAGGGAAGAAGUCUAGGGAAAAGUAUUUACAAAUUAUAUCAGCUCUCUGAAACAGUGUGCUUUUAAUAAAUAUUUAAAUAGUUCUGUCUUUCUCUCUCUCUAAGAAGUGGAACUUCUGGGCAUAAAGGCUUUGUGAAAAGAUGUAUGUCUGUUUCAUAGCUCCAGGGUCUGGGCUUCGGUCCUGGCGUGUGGUCACUGUGUAAAGUGUGCAUAAUGUCAUGCCUAAAAAGGUUCCAAAGAGCAGCAAGCUCACUUGAUUAACAUAUGAUAAAUAAACUGUAAUCAAGAGAAUUAGUCCAAGUAUAGCACCUGCACCACCCAGCCCCAUCUCUAUUUCUGUCAGUUACAGACAUAUUGGAACCCAUCCAAUGAUGAAAUUUUCCCAUGGGCCCUAUCACCAUGUCCUUGGAUACCACCACCCUGUGUGUAAUAUAUUUAUUUUUGGCUGUUCCUGUCCAUCUUCCAACCUUAUCCUGUUUGUCUUCGCACGCUGUAUUCCACUUUAACCUUAUCCUUUCUACUUCUGCAAACUGUACAUGCCAGACUGGGCAUUAUUCCUCAUGGCCUACAUCCUUCAUUCUUCUCAUCACUUUAAUAACCCUUUAAUUGUACAGCAUGCUCUCCAACAGCCUGUGCUCCUUUUUUCUGCAAGCCUGCCAAUAUACCAGAUAUGGCUCUACCUGUGCACACACAAUUAAAAGGAUAAUGGUCAUUAUUUGUCUGUCUGGUUCCUUUAGCCACACAGGCCAACAUCAUGUAAGCCCUCAGCAUUCCACUGCACUUUGUGCGGUGUGAUUUUGUUUGCAGUGAACACUACCUCCAGUUCCUUUUUCUCAUCUGUUCUCACUGGAUUUGAGAAAUCAUUCAAGUCUAUGCACAUGCAAAUGUUAUGUAAAGGCAGGAAUCGUAUUAAUUGAAAAAAAAAAUCAUGAUUCAGGAUUUCAACCUUUUCUGUGAAACUGGUUGCUAAUGUCCAGCAUACUAGGAAUAAGGGUUUAAUGUCCUUUGCAGUAGCAUACUCUUGCAGAAAGUGCAUCAUACUUUGCAAUGCAAUAGUUUUGAAGCUGGAAUGUUUCACUGAAAACUUGAAAAUAAUGCACGGAACUUUUAUACUUAAUAUUGGUUAUUGUGUUUGAAGAAAUUCUGCUAGGGAAGUAUUUAUUGGUGAGAUGCUCAUUUGGGUAAAACCAUCCUGCAAAAAUCUGCUUUUAUAUGCCACAAUAAAAAGUGUAAAGACUAAUUAAAGAGCAUUUAUCACAGUAAAUCUAUCCAUUUAUUUGUGACGUACUUUCCAGUGUAAACUUUGUUUAUUGUUGUACAUGUAAAAUUUUAUGAAACCUGAAUAAAAAUUUGCAAAAUAAAGAUAUUUAUAAAAAAUA